UCUGUUUCGUUUUCAUCGCAGAAAGUGUAACAUAGUGCAGCAACAAGGAACAGACUUUACAACACAAUCAGUUGUCUGGCCGAGCAUGUCGAUUCUAAACACGUUACACCGAGUAGGAGCGUUGGCGCGAGCGAGUUUAACACAUAAACUUGAUUCGGCGAGAGCCAUCACGUUUUCGCUUACGCGUUGUUCCGACGAAGGAAAUGCAACCGAGGGUGAUGUAACUGAGAGUUCAUCCGCGGAGACUCCCAAGAUUGCACGUAGACCAGUUAUAUCCGUAGAGACCAGCAUUCGGUAUAUGAAUAGCGACGCUUACAAGCAGACUUACGGAGAUGAGCCGGUAUGGAAACCAUACAGAAGAAAUCACAAAGGAAUGUUUCCAACUAGAAGAACUCGAAAAACUUGUAUAAGAAAAGGCCAGAUCUCCACUGGAAAUCCGUGUCCUAUAUGUAGGGACGAGUAUCUUGUACUCGAUCAUAGAAACGUCAAGCUGCUUCAGCAGUUCAUCAACGAGUAUAACGGAGACGUCCUGAGUUACUCGAAGACAAAUAUCUGCCAAAGAAGGCACAAACAGCUUCUAGUUGCGUUAAUCAGGGCCAAAGAUUACGGGACCAUCACAUACGACGUUCCUUUAAGGCAGUACGAUUAUUCAGAGUGGAAACCGUCAAAUAAUUAAUCUUUAGUUUAUCUAUAUCAUCAUAUUACGACGCUUAUGUAGUCCUUCAUUAAAUAUGGAUGAAUCCAAGGAAAAUAUGGAAAA